AUGACGAAUGUCUUCAUUCUCGAUUACAAAGGGUACAUUCGUGACGAAUGGCCCAAGACAUACGAUGUACAAUCAUGCAGAACAUUUCGCUGGAAAUUCAAUAAUUCUGGUGAAACACUUGAUGUGGGCAGUGAACGUUUCAGUGUAAAUGGUAGUCGUAGCAUUUUGAAGUAUACACCCGUAACAGAUCAAGACUAUGGUACUCUAUCGUGCUGGGCUUCGAAUGAAGUGGGUACUCAAAAUCAACCUUGUCUAUUUCAAGUUGUUUUAGCUGCUCUACCAAACACUGUUAGUAAUUGUACAAUUUUCAAUCGCACCGAGUUAAGUGUUGACAUCCAAUGUAUACCCGGCUACGAUGGUGGUCUUCCACAAAUAUUUGUUUUGGAAAUUUUCUCAACACGCACCGGAAUCACAAGUAAGCAUGAUGAUGUAUCCUUGACGUUGUCACCCGUUAUCGUGGGGAGUGUCCUUACAAUUGUUAUUAUUAGUUUGGCUAUAGCUUUGAAAAUAUUCAUGAUGACAUUUUUACACAAUUUACGUCGCAAUCGUCAGCAUGGUACAAAAGCAACAGCCACAGCUGUCGUGGCACAAACGGGUGAUGUAUAUAAGGGCGGCAUUGAAAAACCUCGUUGGCAGCAUACAGAUAUUAAAUCAAAAUCCUCCGAAGAUCUAGUAGAAGAUGAACGUGACCCAGAUGUUAUACCAUCACAAUAUGUUGGCAGUGUAGGAAGUGGCAGUUCUACCAGUUCAGCUAAUGCCAGUAUUGGUGGCGUUAGUGGCAGCGUCGGUGUUGGCAAUGGCAUUUCAAAUGCUGCUACAAAUGGCAGUGUUAACCAUCACUUUACAUCAACAUCGAAAUGGUCACCGAGUACGAAUCAGCAACAUACCAAAAGUUACGAAACAAACAUGAUGCAACAGAAUCCUACGGGUGGUAAUGGUGGAGUUGGUAGUGAGACUGCAGUUAGUAUACCCAUGCAAUUUAAUCAAAUCAACGCACGCACCCAUCUUUUGGCAUCCGCCUCAAUGAUGUCACCAACAGCAACAACUGCAUCGGCAGCUACAACAUCCGGUACAGCAUUGCUACAUGCAACUGCAACAACAAUAUCACGAACUGGAGCUGCAGGCUCUAGUGGAGGUAGUGGUGCUGCUGUUGGUUUAAUGCAUGAUGUAGGCAACAUAAUAGGUUCACCUACAUCCUUAGCUUCAACAUCAACAAUAGCGGCCACCACUCACUUGCAGCAACAACUGCACUCCAGCGGUGUUGGUACACUACCACCCGGUCUUGGGACGGGUGGUGGCUAUAUAUUAAAUAGUCUCAUUAACAGCAGCAGUGGCACAGCCAUGUCAAGUUUACAUCAUACCUCAGCCACCUGCUCUCCCUCCGCUGCAUCGUCGUCCUCAUCGUCGACAAAUGCAAAUGCCAGCAAUAUUGUGGGUGGCAUGAUGGGUGGCGGUAGUAUAGGUCGUGUUAACCUUCAUCACAGUACACUGCAUCAUCACAAUACGUUGGGUAGUCGUGGCAAUCAUGGCCAUUAUACAGGUCAUCCUUCGCCCUCAACCAUGAUGUUAACAUCGCAAACAACUUCUGCUCUGAGUGGUGGUAGUGGCAGUACACCGGGUUCUACAACUGGUGUUGGCCUACUUUUGGGUUCACAUUCACUGCCAUCAGCAGCACCAUCGACAACAACAACAUCAUGUAAUUCAUCCACUGACCUGGACGAUAACAUUAACAUCAUGGCCAUUAAGGAUUGUUUAAUGACACAGCGUGUGCCCGAAAGUUGUGUCUGAGUUGUUCCACAUUGUAAUUUUAAAUUUAUUUUUACCAGCAGCUGCAGUUAAACUGACACUGCUGUACCAUUCGCAUUGGCAGCAGCUAUAGUAUGUUCAUUUUUAGGCGCUUAAGUAAAAUAUUGUUUGCAAAAACAUGAACAAAAACAAAGCAAAAGAAAAUGUAAAACAAAACAACAUAAAUGAAAAGAAAACUCCUCUUCACUUUUCACUCCCUCAAAGAAACAAAAAAAAAAAACUUUUGUAAAAAAAUGAACAAGUUUUCCAAAAAAAUUUAACUCUCGUUGGAUAAUUGAAAGUGUGAGGGAAGCGAGAGUGCUUGUGUGUUUUAAAAUGUUUUUUAUGUUUAAAUAUGUUUUUCUUUAAUGUAUGUCUCUCUGAAUAAGUGUAUGUGUCCCAGUGUGCGACACUGAGUGCAUGUGUGUAAAAAACUUGUGCGUCUGUAUGUUACUAUGUUAAGUUUUAUGUAUGCGUGUGUAUGUCAGAGUGUCUGUGACAUUGACAGGAUUUCUCUAUAUGACAAAAAUUGAUCAUUAAAGUUUUAUUUUAUGGUAUGAAAACAAAAAUUAAACGAUUUGUUUUUUAAACAAAUUUAUUUUUAGUAAUUUUAAUUUCGUGCUAAAUUUAUUUUAUUUUUAUUCUUUAGGCAGAAAUUUUUUUAUGACUUUUAGAGAAUUGGAUGCUUAUCAGCGUUUAACUUUAACUGUUUGUAAUAAAAAUUAAAUGGUAUUAAUUAAAAAUUUUAGGAUUUCAUUAUUUAUUUUUUUUUCAAAACUAAGUGAACAGUGUCUAGUGGAUUAGGAAGGAAACAUUAUAUAUUCUUCGAUUUUUCAAAAUUAUGUUUUCAAUUUACAAUGAUGAUGCAAUAUUUUUUAAAUGUAGAAUAGAUGGUUGAAAUAAAUGCAGAUUUACUAAUAACGAAAGCAUUAAUACUAUUUAGUAAUAUGUUCCAAAGUUCAAGGACUCGAUGAUGUAAGCAAAAACACAGAAUAAGCUUCCAUAGAUCAUGGAAAAGUUAUCUAUGGUUUUAACCAAUGAAUGCCGAUCAUUCAUAGAUGUAAUGGAAUACUUUUUCAUUAACAUAACCAUGACAGUGACCAAUGAAUAAAUGAACUCCUAGCAAUAAUCUCAGAAACCUUAAAAUAUCUUUUCGUUUUCGAUCGAUUCGAUGAGUUGAUAUUGCGUUUUUCAUUAAUGAAAACUAUAUGUAUCCUAAUGAUUGACAUAACAUUGAAAAUACAAAUGUAUUGUUCAUACUUUUGACGGAUCUUAAUUUUAUUAACCAGUUUUCUUACUGAGAAGUUUACCACUUGGCUUGUUGACUUAUCAUUUAAAGACAUUCAUACAAAUGUUCUGGUAUCAUAGUUGUCAACGAGUUAAGUCCAUAUAAAGAGAAACACAGAUUUUAUGAUAAGAAACAAGUCUGUAACUCUAUCCGACAUACUUUCGGAAAGAACACUAAAAACAGCAAAAUCGGUCUACAAACAGCGGAAAUAUGAGAAAAAAUCUUAAUAGCGGAAAUAAAAAACGGUCUACCAUCACCUUUUUGUUCUUUAAUGAAGAACGCAGGUGGCAAUUUUUGUACAUUGGUUCUGCUGGAGUACUCGAGCUAUCUAAUCUCUUGACCAUUGGAUGGCCUCUGUUGAUUCGGCAACAGCACCUAGA